AGAACUGUAAUGGGUUCCCUUUUAGUACUAAAAUAUUUAGGGGCAACCCAUGCCAAAUGUCAAUUUUUUGGGUAUGUGUUAGUGAAAAUCUUAGGAUUUGUUACUUGUACAUUUAUGCAUUGGUCGCGAAACAACAAAAGUGUUUAUAAAGAAAAUAUUUCAAAGUCUUAAUUAAAUAUUUAUAGUUUUCGAGUGAAUUUAAAAACGUUUAGAUUUCUUUUAAUCACAUUAUUUGUAGUUUGUACAAAUAAAAAAAAAAUGUAAAUGCGGAGCUGCAUUCCUUUGUAUAGCUGCUGCUGCGUCAAAAGAAAAUAUUUAUGCAAUCUAGCCUGGGUGUGAUUAUUAAUUCUCAAAUGAAUUUACUGAAGUAUAAAGAAAUGUAAAUUUUAAGGAUGUAGUGGAAUAAAGAAUUUAAAUUUGUGCGAGUUGAUUAUUGUGUAAAUUUCGGCAGCAGGAGGACCUAAAAAUAACAACCACCUCCGCAUCUUUAGCAAGUGUGAAAAUUAUACAUAGCACAGCAUUUGUGCUAUUUAAUUUCCUUUAUUUGUACGAGUAAAUCAUGGAAUGCCUUAAUACAUAAAUAUAAAAGUGCAAAUAAAUUUGUAUGCAGCGAUUAUUCAUCAUUAUACGAUAAGAAGAUUUCAGGUUGGCAAAAUGUCUGACUUUAUGCCACGCGAUAUGCUUCCUGACUUAUGGGACGAAAUCCUUAAACGUCAUUGGACAUAUUUGGACACCGAUGGAAGCAUACAAAAGAUUGAAGAAGGAAAAAAAUUAGAGAAUUGUCUUAAGGAGUUUCUGUGUAUUGUGCCUCAUGAUCGGAAGUUUUUUUUACCGGAAACUGCUCAUGUACUGAGGAAAUCGAUACGAGAAAUGAACGAGUUCAAUGCGUAUAAGGCUAUCAUUGGAUUUAGAUCAAUCAGUCACUAUGCUAAUAAUUUAUUUACCAAGCCCUGGCGCAAAGAGUUUAGAGUUUUAAAGAUGUAUUCAGGUUUCUAUCAUCAUGAAAUUAAAUCAAAUUUGUUAGAUGCUGAAAAGCUUUUCGAAGCUAUGGGUUACAGACAGGUUUCGGAAGAGAUUCUUGUAUUGGAUGGUCCUAUUUGUCCUGAUCAAGUGACAAACGUAUCGCGUGAUGCAAUGGCCGCCUACGUUGAGUGCCAAAUAAUGGAACAUAUUUAUUCAGGUCUUGUUGCACUUGGGGUUACUUGUUCUUGGCAAGAUAUAUUUCACUAUCGCGAGAAGUACAUUGGAGGAUCUUCUCAAGCGAUAAAAGGUUUGGGUUAUGGCAUUCAAGAAAGGCAAAUGCGAAAGGAGAAACUUAUAAAUAUUGAUAAUUGUUACGCCAGUAUUCAACAAACAUUGGCUACACCAGAGUGUACGAAUUGUUCGAUUUAUAAUCGCAUACCAGCAGGAACACAAUACGGGGUGCACAACGAGAACCAUGGAACUUGCGCUAUUCACGCGCCUGUAUCGUCAACAGUAACGAAUCAUUUAUACAAUGGAAACAGUAAGAUGCCUUCAUAUCCAAUAUCUGGAUAUCAACUACCACACCAAGUUGGUUACGGAAUGUCCUCAGCAGGUAUGCAGCAUUCUAGAAGCUUAGAUCAUUACAGUGAACCGGUGCCACAGUUGCCACAUAGACAUUCAUUUGAUCAUCAACAAAAGGGUUGCACGGCGCAUCAUUACAAACUUUCGCACCAAUUGCCACCUCAACACGUGUAUGAAUCCCCUUAUGAUUGCUUGGAUGGCGCCAGUAUGGGUGAAAGUAGUGUUUCUUAUGCGGCCGUCGUCGCUUCAGGGAUUGGCUCAAAUAGCGCAAUGAAUAAUUGUGGCAUGAACUCAGCUUAUUCUCAUCCCUACAACGUGUCAGGCAACCGAUAUCCACUCCCGUACAAUAUUUCAAAUCAGUUGAACACCCAUUACGCAACUUCUAAUGUCACGUGUAACGGUAUUAAGAGUGAUCCUUAUAAUAAUACGGAUAACGGCGGCUACGCAUCCGUGUCAAAGUCGCACAACUACAACUAUCAACAACCGCCGUUGCCACCUAUACGUCAAUCAUCUGUAGUGGCUGGUGGUAAAGAUUUUCAAGCAUACCGGCAACGUUCCUUUCCCCCAGACCAACAAUUAAUCGAAUUUGACGAUCGUGCACCACUUAAAUCCCACGAUUUUCAUGCUCAACUACAUGGGUUACCACAUUGUAAUUCCUUUGAUUAUGAUCGGGAACGAAUUUUCGACCAGCAACGGCGCUUUAGUCGUGUUGCGAACAGCCCAACGGCUUAUGUACAAACGAAGGAUAUUAUAAUGGACCAUCAAUAUGUACCACAUGUAGGCAUGAUAACCGCUUCUCAGCAUCCCUCUUCUGACGACAUGUAUGGCAAUUAUGCUCAUGCACGACCAUUGCCGAAAGUUGAUCGUUUAAAAAACAAUACAUCAACUAAUAUUGCAACGAAUCCAGAAAGAAAUUCAAAUGUAAUGGAUGUUCUUGACAAUAAUGAUAAACAUUUGCAACUGCAGCAUAUGGAAUUGAGGGAUAGUACAGCUUUGUUGAAUGGAAUGUCUGGAGGUGGUAGCAAAAGAAAAAUGUCUUCGAAUAUUAACGAAGCGUCUGAUUUAAGUUUUGAAUCGAACUUCGAUGAUUUCGCAAUAUUGGGUCGCAGUGAGCAACGUUCCCCGACUCAAGCCUCUAAGAAUCAAGAUGGGGUUGGCUCUUACGAAUCGUGGAAUUAUGUUUUCCAAAACUUGGAGCGAGCUGGCUAUUCAAAGGAUUUAGAUGAACGUGGUGAUCUUCUAGUUCAGGGUUUAAAUUUGGAUUCAAUGAAUUUGUCGAAUGGUGGCGGAGGAAGCAACAGUGGUUCUAAAACCAACGCAGAGAGGCGGCGAUCAAAUCAGACGGAAUCGACAAAGGCUGGACGACAUACUAAUAAUGACCUAAACAAAGCAUCUUUGCUAGAAAAAUCAGGUACACCCACUGCGUGGCGUGAAGUUGAAAAACGUGACGAAAAGAAAGUAGUCGGUGUUGGUAAUAAACAAGAGAAAUCUAUAUUCAAACCACAACCAGUAAAGAAAACAAAAUCGGGCUUAAAGCAAACGUCUAACCUCUCCACAAAUUCGGCGUAUGACAAUAAUAAUGGUAACAUUGAAAUACAAUCGGAGAGAACCAUUCGGUCAAAGACACGAAAGCAACCUGCUGCAGUGGUGUUGAACCCACAGCUGACCAUAAGCGAUCAGAAUGAAUGGAGUUGCCGCUUCUGCACUUUUCUAAAUCCAAAUACCGAACGGAUUUGUGAGAUGUGCUGUCGCAGUAAAGAUUUAAAUCUUGAAGCGGCCGUUUCUCAUACACCUACUUGCGUUUAAUUGCCUUUCAGUUAGUACGCCGCGAAGUUUGCAAACAAACAUUUAGUGGAUAGAUGACAAAGAGUUUUUUCUAAGUUCUAUAGUCGAAUUAAUGUGAAUUUAAUUUAUAACUUGACUAUACAUGCUUAAAUUAAUAUCGUAAUCGGAAUAAGCAUAUUAUAUUCUGAAUUCUUUAGUCAAAUCUACGCCGAGUUCUAAAACUUGUUUUUGGGUUAAAUUAGAACUAAUUUUUGUAGUUGUUACUUUUGUGGUAUCUUCCAUAAAUUAAGUUAUGGUAAAAAGUGGGUGGAUCCUGAGUAUUUCUGUGUUAUAUUUAUUUGUAAUUGAUAUUUUUAUCCAUUGUUGAAACAUAUAUAUACGUGUGUAUUGUUAAAAAUUAUUAACACAGGAAGUAAAAACAAUCAAUGAUUUAGUCCUUUAGUUCCAAAUACGUGCCUCCUGAUUUAUUAUUUCACAAUUUAAACUACGAAUUUGAAAGUGAAAUUGAAAUAUUAAACGAAUUACAAUAAAAAAUCUGUAUAUAUUUUGAACUUAAUAUGAACAUAUAUAUCUAAAAACAUAUGUAUAUUCUUAAAGUGAAAAUGAAUUAAACGAACAGAGCUACAUAUCGUCACCUUAAAUGCAAAAUAACGUAACAUCAUUUUUUAUAUGUUUACAUGAGAAGAAAAAAAGCGAUAUAAACUAAAAACUACUCAUAUAAAGGAAAGAAUUUUAAUUUGGUUAUAUCUGAGCAAUAGCUUAAAAGUCAAAUAUGUAAUAUGAUAUAUGUAUGUAGUAAAUUGUAAUUAAUAAAAAACUCAAUUUCGAACUUUUUGAUGAUACGUUGUUUUGCAUUUUAGAUGAGAUACACAUAUUUUAUAGCUAUUUAAGCAACCUAGAAAUGUGAAAAUGAAGAAGACAAUGAUUAACUAUAUAAAAUACGAAAGCUACGAAUUAAAAGAUAUGGAUGAUAAAACUCCUUAAAAAUGUGGUAAACAUUAUAAUGGAUCUUUGAAGUUAUUUUAUGUAAUAUUUCAGUGUGGUCACUUCAGGAGCUUAAAACACUAUUAAACUGUGUAUUUGAAUGUCACGGUGUUUACAGUCCUAAAAUUAAUUAAAUACAAGUAUUGACCCGAUAGCGAAGAUUAUUUUUGCAGGCGUUUAACUUUGCUGAGGCAUCUUCUCACCGCAGUGACUUUUUAUAGUUACCAUAUAUCGGUAUUUUUACACUUAGCUCGCCCUUUCUAAAUGUGUGUGUUACUCAUGAGAAGCAAUUCUUUGUCGAUAAAAAGGGUUAGAAUAUUUACCAAUAAAUUUGUUGUACUUCAUAGAAUCGUGGGUAAAAUAUACGAUUAAGAUAAUAAUUAUUUAAUAGAAAUAUAAAAGAGCGACUGCAGUAGGACGUUGUUGAAAGAAAGUUUGAUAAGAUGAAUAAUCUUAAAACAUAUUUUUCACUAAUUAAGAAAUGUGGAAAGUUCAUGCUUUAAUAGCUACAGUUCCAUACACACAUAUGUAUGUAAAAAUUGAAUAAUAAGCUUUAAAGUCGUAAGUUUGUUGAAUUUGAAUUGGUCUAAGGACAGAACUGAGAUUUAUCGUAUAUUAGUGCAUAUUUAAAUAUGUAUUUAUGAAAAUCGCUUAUUUUAUAAUUGAACGACGACGCAUCAGUUUUAAUCUGAUUUCAUUAUAAUUAUCUUUUGUUUGUGUUGUAAUCUGUUUCAUUUAUCCCAUUUUUGUUUAACUUAAUAUGGAUAAUCAUUCUUCAUAUGUAAUAUUAAAAAAGAAAAUGUUAUAGCAAAUCUAUAAUAUAUAAUUAAACAAAAUAAAAUAAAGUAAAAUUAUAUUCCCUUUACCUGACACAAAUUAUCUAAAUAUGAUGGUAUCUUAGGACAUAUAGAUUAUAAUAACAAUUAUGUAAUUGGUUUUAAAUACCCAUAUUUCCAAUUUUUGGUUAGGUAGCUGUAAACAUGUGCAGUGUGCAUAGUGAAACGUGCUCCGUAAUAUCUGAAAAUAUUACAUCAAUCGUAUAUAUAAAAGUGAAAGAAUAUUAAAUUAAUGCCUCAUAUAAGUUUCCUUAAAAGGAAAUAAUAAUUCUUAUAAGAAAAUAUAAAGGAUGUACAAAGAAAAGUUCGAUUAAAUUUUGAUAUUGAACCAUAAUUGAAUUUCGUACAACAAAGAAAGGUGUGUGCGACGUAAUAUUGUGAGGUGUAAUAAUAAAAAGCAUAACAAACAUUA